GUGUUUUCUGGAGUUAAACAAAAGAUCCGAUAUAUGUCGCAUGCGGUGUACUGUGAGUGUACGUACUGCACGGCCACUGGCUUGAAACGCGCGGCUCUUUAAUCUUUUACUGCCGCACUGAAUUAUAAUUAUUGGUACUGGAAGUCAUGUGCGCCCGUACGUACUGUACUAUUCUGGAAUUUUAUUUACUCAUCACUGUCGGCUGGAAGUCACGUACUAUUCUGGAAUUUAUUUACUCAUAACUAUCGGCAUCUUUCCGCGGAGUUUUUCGCUGCAUUGUCCUGACUGUACACUGAGUGUGUUGCCAGCAAGUUGCUUCGAAUUAAUAAAAAACUGUUAUAAUCACGGGAGGGAUGGCCCUUGUUAAUUAUAUUCCGCGCGAGGAUGGCAUCGACAAUCAACUGAUUGCUGACAGCUUUGAUGCCGCCUUGGAAAAGGAUGCGGGCGUGGAAAUCACCAGCUAUAUUGAGGCGUUUCAAGAGCUGGCGAGAUUUUUCGAAAUGAUGGGCGUUCUAUUCGCCACAAUGGCCGCCGACAUCCGGGAGCAGAUUCGCAUCCUGGAGCGUUACCUGCAAUCUGGUGAGCGCGAGCACUACACGACCAUUGAGCGCCUGGUUGCCUUCGAGGCGGCGGAUGACCGGCGACUGGAGCCGCAGCGCCGCGCCAAAGAUCCCAGCCAGUCCGGCAGCCGCACCGUGCUACAUCUCAACAGGAUGCUGGAUUUCUUCAUUCGCUUCCUUGGCCAAUUGGAAAACAUUGGGGAUGAUGACAAAAUGUCGACGGUAUGUCAGCCGGUAUAUAAAGCCUCGUUGGGUAAAUAUCAUUCCUGGCUGCUCAGCGCCGCUGCCGGUUUCGCUAUCAGUACACUGCCGACGAAGGUGCAGUUGUGCGAGAAAACAUCCAAGUACAACUACGAGGAUACCAUCAGGAUUACGCGGAGUGCCGGGGAAGCUAUGCAGAGGGUCUACGAGGUCACGGAUAAAAUCUUCACGGAACAUGAUCUCCACAAGCUACCGUUUUAGCCGGCGGCAGGAUCAUCGCCGUUCAACUUUCAAUACACUUUUUAUUGCUGGUGAUCUGUACGUCGUACAACGCCGUUAUCUGAAGUAGAACCGAAUGUCCGUCAGCCGCAAAAACUCGUAUUUUGGAGCAUGCCAUUGUUGACUACCGGGUAUGGAUUUGUUGUGAUACACUGAUGUUUCCUGAUGUUAAAUAGCAACUGGCUUUUGUGUUCCUUGCCUCAACGUGGGUUAUUAAAAUGCAUUCGAAUUUUAAUUGUAUACUAAUAAGAUAUUUCUGCAGUGUGCUAACGUUUAACAUAAGCACAUGCUUCUAAAAAAAUGCAUCCUGCAGAUAGUCACAACUUCCGGCUACUUGUCUGUAGCACAAGUAUGCCUACUAUAGAUAUAGAUACUGUACCUAUUGCAAUGUACUAUGUAAUAUGUACUGUAUGAUAAU